AUGCAGACCAUAAAAUGUGUUGUUGUCGGUGAUGGUGCCGUCGGAAAGACAUGUUUAUUGAUUUCAUACACCACGAGCAAAUUCCCCGCCGAUUACGUCCCCACUGUAUUUGACAAUUACGCGGUGACGGUAAUGAUUGGUGAUGAGCCCUUCACGUUGGGUCUUUUCGAUACUGCCGGACAAGAAGAUUACGACAGGUUAAGACCAUUGUCGUACCCUUCAACCGAUGUAUUUCUUGUUUGUUUUUCAGUCAUUGCGCCAGCAUCGUUUGAAAACGUCAAGGAGAAAUGGUUUCCUGAAGUACAUCACCACUGUCCUGGAGUUCCGUGUUUGAUUGUUGGUACUCAGACGGAUUUGCGGAAUGAUGAUGUUAUUUUACAAAGAUUGCAGAGACAGAAGUUGUCGCCAAUCACACUUGAGCAAGGGGAGAAGUUGGCUAAGGAGUUGAGAGCGGUGAAGUAUGUUGAGUGUUCUGCCUUGACGCAAAGGGGAUUGAAGACUGUUUUUGAUGAGGCGAUUGUUGCUGCUUUGGAACCUCCGGUUAUAAAGAAGUCGAAAAAGUGUGUUGUAUUGUGA